CGAACCUCCCGCAGCUGCUCGUGCUGCGAGCUCCCCCGGCCUCGGCGCUCCCGGGCCUCGGCGCUCCCGGGUCUCGGCGCUCCCGGGCCCCGGCGCACCGCGGUCUCGGCGCUCCCGGGCCUCGGCGCUCCCGGGCCCCGGCGCACCGCGGUCUCGGCGCUCCCAGGCCUCGGCGCUCUCCGGUCUCCGCGCACCCAGCUCUCGCUCUGGUUCCCAGCUGCUGCGAGGUCUGCACACGUGGAGCCCAAAUUCCGGGAAGAAAUUGAAAACUGAAGAUUUCAGAAGAGGAAGUUGUUUUAAAGGGCGGCACAGAGAGAGAAGGCAGGCGCCCUGGAUCCUGAUUGCCCUGCCAGGAAGACACAUGUAGCCAAAGAUGAAUUUGGGCAAAGUAGUCGCUUGCUCCUUUAGCCAUGGAAAAGCAGGGACAGAGUGAGAUGGGGAUAAUCCCAUCAGAGUCUCACUCCCAUAUUAAAUUGUUGAAAAUCAACCGGGAACUUCUGGUCACUCACAUCCGCAACACUCAGUGUCUGGUGGACAACUUGCUGAAGAACGAAUACUUCUCUUCUGAAGAUGCGGAGAUCGUGUGUGCCUGCCCCACGCAGCCCGACAAGGUCCGCAAAAUUCUGGACCUGGUACAGAGCAAGGGCGAGGAGGUGUCCGAGUUCUUCCUCUACGUGCUCCAGCGACUCGCAGAUGCUUAUGUGGAUCUCAGGCCUUGGCUGUCGGAGACUGGCUUCUCCCCCUCCGAGCUCAUUCAGAGCAAAGUUGUCGUCAACACCGACCCAGUGAGCAGGUACACGGAGAAGCUGCGACAGCAACUGGGCCAUGACUCCAAGUUCGUGCUGUGCUAUGCGCAGAAGGAGGAGCUGCUGCUGGAGGAGAUGUACACCGACACCAUCGUGGAGCUGGUGGGCUUCAGGAACGAGAGCCUGGGCCCACUGGGCAGCCUGGCCUGCCUCCUGGACCACUGCACCGGCGUCCUCAGCGAGCAGGGCGAGACCAUCUUCAUCUGCGGGGACGCGGGCGUGGGCAAGUCCAUGCUGCUGCAGCGGCUGCAGAGCCUGUGGGCCUCGGGGCUGCUGGACGCCGAGUUCAAGUUCUUCUUCCACUUCCGCUGCCGAGUGUUCAGCUGCUUCAAGGAGGGCGACACGCUGUGCCUGCGGGACCUGCUCUUCAAGCAUUACUGCUACCCAGAGCAGGACCCCGACGAGGUGUUCGCCUUCCUGCUGCGCUUCCCCCAGACGGCCCUCUUCACCUUCGACGGCCUGGACGAGCUGCACUCGGACUUCGACCUGAGCAGUGCACCAGACACCUGCUCCCCGUGGGAGCCCGCCCACCCACUGCUCCUGCUGGCCAACCUGCUCAGCGGGAAGCUGCUCAAGGGGGCCUGCAAGCUGCUCACGGCCCGCACAGGCAUCGAGAUCCCGCGUCAGCUCCUCCGCAAGAAGGUGCUUCUGCGGGGCUUCGCCCCCAGCCACCUGCGCGCCUACACGCAGAAGGUGUUCCCCGACCGUGUGGUGCGGGAGCGCCUGCUGGCCCAGCUGGAGGCCAACCCCAACCUCUGCAGCCUGUGUGCCGUGCCCCUCUUCUGCUGGAUCAUCUUCCGCUGUUUCCAGCACUUCGGCAGUGUUUGGGAGGGCUCUGCGCAGCUGCCCGACUGCACGGUGACCCUGACUGAUGUCUUCCUGCUUGUGACCGAGGUCCACCUGAACAGGACUCAGCCCACCAGCCUGGUGCAGCGGAACACGCGCAGCCAGACCGAGACGUUCCGCGCUGGCCACGGCGCCCUGCGCUCGUUGGGGCAGGUGGCCCACUGGGGCAUGGAGAAGAACCUCUUUGUCUUUGGCCCGGAGGAGGUGCAGGCGGCUGAGAUGCAGGAGGCGGAGCUGCAGCUGGGCUUCCUGCGGGCUGUGCCCGAGCAGGGCCUGGGCGGCGACCAGCAGUCCUAUGAGUUCUUCCACCUCACCCUCCAGGCCUUCUUUACCGCCUUCUUUCUCGUCAUGGACGACAAGGUGGGCACUCAGCAGCUGCUCAGGUUCUUCCAGGAGUGGGCACCUCCUGGGGGGGCAGGAGGCCAGUCCUGCUACCCCCCCUUUCUCCCCUUCCAGUGCCUGAAGGGCAGUGGCCUGGCAGGGGAGGACCCCUUCAAGAACAAGGAUCACUUUCAGUUCACUAACCUCUUCCUGUGCGGGCUGUUGUCCAAGGCCAAGCAGAAACUCCUGCAGCACCUGGUGCCCGCCGCGGCCCUGCGGAGAAAGCGCAAGGCCCUGUGGGCACACCUGUUGGCCAGCCUGCAGACCCACCUGAAGAACCUGCCCCGAGUGCAGUCGGGGGGCUUCAACCAGGUACAGGCCAUGCCCACCUUCCUCUGGAUGCUGCGCUGCAUCUACGAGACCCAGAGCGAGAAGGUGGGGCGGCUGGCGGCCAAGGGCAUCUGCGCCAACUACCUCAAGCUGACCUACUGCAACGCGUGCUCGGCCGACUGCAGCGCCCUCUCCUUCGUCCUGCACCACUUCCGGAAGCGGCUUGCCCUUGACCUAGACAACAACAAUCUCAACGACUACGGCGUGCAGGAGCUGCAGCCCUGCUUCAGCCGCCUCACCGUCAUCAGACUCAGUGUAAACCAGAUCACAGACAGCGGGGUAAAGGUGCUAUAUGAAGAGCUGACCAAAUACAAAAUUCUGACCUUCUUAGGCCUGUACAACAACCAGAUCACUGACGUUGGAGCCAGGUACAUCGCCAGAAUCCUGGACGAGUGCAAAGGCCUCACACACCUGAAACUGGGGCAGAACAAAAUAACGAGUGAAGGAGGAAGGUGCCUCGCCCUGGCUGUGAAGAACAGCAAAUCGAUCUUUGAGAUCGGGAUGUGGGGCAACAGAAUCGGCGAUGAAGGAGCAAAGGCCUUCGCGGAGGCUCUGAAGAACCACCCCAGCCUGACCAACCUGAGUCUUGCAUUCAACGGCAUCUCCACAGAAGGAGGAAAGAGCCUCGCACAGGCCCUGCAGCACAACACCUCUCUGAGAAUAUUCUGGCUCACCAAAAAUGAACUCAAUGAUGAAGUGGCAGAGAGCCUGGCAGAGAUGUUGAAAGUCAACCAGACGUUGAAACAUUUAUGGCUUAUCCAGAACCAGAUCACAGCCAAGGGGAUUGCCCAGCUGGCAGACGCCUUACAGAGGAACACUGGCAUUAUGGAGAUUUGUCUAAAUGGAAACUUGAUAAAGCCAGAGGAGGCCAAAGUCUUUGAAGAUGAGAAGCGGAUCAUCUGCUUUUGAGAGGCAGGGGUCCAUGCCCAAGGAGGAGCCCACUGCCCUGAUGAACAGAGGGGCCUCCCUGCAUAGCUGUUACAAUUUUGCAGGGCAAGGGUGCGCCUGGUGAGCCAUUUUAGUGACUGUAAAUGCACUAUGAAGAGAUGUAAUGCAUAUCCAGGAUUAUUUUUAUCGGACAGGAGAGGAAUAAGACUGAGCUCAAAACUGGCCCUCGGGACCAGGGAAGUGAGUUCGUCAUGCUGUCUUCAUGGAAGAGUUGAGGACAACGGUAGAGAGUUAGUGCCACGCUUCUUGCAGAAAAGGUGCUCAACGAACAAGUGUUUUACCUGGAGCAUUCUCUUCCUCCUUAGUAGCUCCCUACAGGUUGACGGUCUUCCCACUUCCCAGCUGUAGAGACAGAUAUGCACAGUGUCGGGAUUUGGCGCUUCCAAGGUUUUGCCAAAGCAAAGACUCCUAGUAGGCUUCUGUUUUAGUCCUUGGGUCUCAGUGUCUGUGGACGGAGAUCACAGGGUGCCCUCUUAGGUCGAAGAGAAAGGGUGGGGUCUUCAUAAUGCGGAGUUUCCACUCAGAGCUUCCUCAUGCUGGGCUCACCUCCUCAGGAAGGCUGGUAAGUGUGGGCGUAAGUGCUCUGCGUCAGGAGGAAGAACCCGUGCGCUUCCUCUAAAAGGAAUAAGGCCUGGCUUGCCUUUGUAGCCCUGGGGUCCAAACAGAAGCUUCUGUCUCUCUUGCCCUCCUGAGGAAGGGAGUUCUCUCCCUGCCCCGGAGUAGUUGUGAGGAUGACUGAACCUGACUGAAGGCUGAGGGAGUUGCUGAGAACCCAGCUAGCAGAGCAUGUUACAUGGACCAUCACGGCAGGCACAUGCUGGACAUUAAAUGGAGGAGGGGUGGUGAUAUUACCAGAUAACUUGUUCUUUUGCCAAUUUGUUUAAUAAAGUACUGAAAACGUUA